UCGACGUACCCCUCCCGUCAGGCUACGCGUGAUUUUUCUCGCAGUGUCGGAAGUCAGUGCUUGCUCCCAGCUAAUCAACGCGGGCCCUUCAGCGAGACUUGGUCGAUAUUCUAACGAGAAUCUGCGAUUGAUUCGAGACUAGAGCACCCGACCGCUAGUCUCACCGUCGCGAAGCACCCAUGGUACAGUUUUCGUCUCCGUUGUUAGACGCGAAGCAGCUGCAGCAAUGUCUGGAUCCCAUCCACAAUCUAACAGAGCGGGACAUCACCAAGCCCACACCAGAGGUCAUGCGCCUCUUCUACGACGCGGCAGUUCGCGUGCUAAUGGGCCGCGACGAGACGUGCCUGCAGGAGGACGAGGGGGAGCGCCACCUCGACUUCCCCGACCUGCACGGGGACGGCGCCAGCAACCUCGCUCUCUUCAACUCGCUCCGCGACCUCUUCGCCUCCGCGGGCGCCGAGUGGUUCGCGCUGCGCGACGUCGUGCGACCGGAUCCCGAGCGCACGCAGAAGCUGCUCUCCGCCCUCGCCAACUACAAGCGCUUCUGGGACCAGUUCUUUGACCUGGAGUCACAGUCGUUGGAGGACUACGCGAAGCUCGUCGAGUCAGAAUCCAAGCUCGAAAACGCCGAGACAUCUCUGUCGAGCGAGCUGCAGUGUGCGGAGGAGCGGCAGCGCGACGAGGACGCGGAGGUGGCGGAGGUGGCGGGGGAGGUGGCGGUGAUGGAGAAGGAGCUGCAGCGCGCCAAGGCGGAGGACGACGCGGCGCAGGAGGAGCUGGCGGCAACGAGGGGCAAACUGGAGCUGCUCGUGGAACAGGUAGCGGCGGAGAAGCAGCACGCGGGGAGCAUGGAGGAGGAGGAGAUGAACCUACGCAUGCAGAUAGUGGAAUCGCCGGAUAAAAUCAGUUUAGCGGUGGCGCGAGCAGAGGAGGCGAUGGAGAGUGAGAAGGAGCAGAGGGACGCAGUGUCGGCGAAGAUGAGGGAGACGCGCAAGAAGGCAGACGUCGUCAGAAGGGCCCUGGCGGAGCUGCAGAGCCGACUGCAGCAGAUCAAGCAAGCCGACCAAGAGGCAACAGCAGCGCACGAGUUGAAGCGGCGCGCAGCUGCGAGGCGGGCAGAUGCGGAAGAAGCCCGGCGGCAGCUGGCGGCAGUGGAGGAGAGCGUGAAUCAUGAGAAGGCCAGGGAGGCGGAGUGGAAGGCGAGGGCAGCGGCGCUGAAGGCAAGCAUAGAGGAGAGGAUGGUGGAGGUGCGGAGGAAGCAGGAGGACGUGCGAGUGGUGGAGCAGGGACUGGCAGAGGAAGAGGAGCUCUUUCUCGCUGCCAAGGCCGAGGUGCAGGGCCAGCUUGAGCAAGUCAGGCGAGAGGACGAGCGGUGCCAGGAGCAGCACCGGCAGAAGCUGGCGCAUGUGGCCAAGCUAUUCAAUACACUACAGUCACAGGUGCACUCCUUCCACCACCGCCUGGCCGCAUACAUCGAUCCCAAUGCUGAGAGCACUGCGGCACCCCCUGCUGCUGCGGCACAUGACCCUCUUCCAACGUCAUCUGAGGCCUGUGCGUCUGAUGGCCAUGACACACCUCCCAGCACCCCCGUGCAAUCAACUGUGGUGUCGACAACCGCUGCAGGUGGGCUGAGUGUGGUGGGUCCGGUGCAUCUGGCACUGUCCACACCGUGCUCUCACUCUCACCCUCCACUCUCCAGCGUGCAUGGAGUGGAGGUGUGACGUGCACUGAGGUUGGGAGUCUGCUGCUCAGAGCAGCGAUAUAACAAGCAUAUUAUAACUAGUUAGACAGCCUGUUCCCAUGUCCUCUCACCCUUGCCUGCAGUUGGUGGUAGAAUUGGAACCAGUAUAGGGUGCAAAUACAUACAGUUUGCUGCCCUUCUAAUCCCCAGAUGAUGGCCCCUUGCGCAAGUACGGUAGUCUCACAUGCGUGGCUGUUGUGAAUAACUCGCGUGAUUUCUACAGCGACUAGCGGAAUUGAGCAUAAGAUGCGAGACUAUUGAUGAUGAUCGCUGUUACUAUCGUAUGAUAAAUUCACGUA